UGACCGGUGGCAGUACCUCCCCUCGGCGUGCCCAGUGUUGUGUUGGAGCAUGCGGAGUACAAAGAGUGAGCAGCGGGCGGUUUGAAGGGAGAAGCUAGAGCCCAUCUCCAUGGUAACAGCGCAGUGUAUGGUGAAGGAGAAUGGUGGAGGAGAAGUGAGGUGACCGGCGUUCAUAUGUGUGGAAGGAGAUGGCACGUCCAGUUAUUGCCCCUUUUAGUAUUCGUCCUACAGCUCCUGAGACCUUCUCUGUUCUUGAGCAGCGGAUGCGUAUGGCCGAAGAACAAACAGAGUCUUUGAUCUCUGAUUUGCGAGCACUCGGUGUAAACAGCCAGAAGAUUGUCAGCAAGGAAUUUGAGUAUGAAAAGAAUUCUGAGUUUCUUCGCCCAAUUAGCCCAGUAAGAGCAAGACAAGCAUUUACUGGAGAUGGGGAUACACUAUGGAGAAAUUGUGAGAAUCUUGUCAACCGUAUGUGUCACAUGGAAAGCAUGUUGCAGACACUCAGACUUAAUUUAUUCCGACAACACACAGAUCGGGAGCUGCAUACAAAACACACUGGAGAAUUGGAACAGCGUCUGCGUGAAAGGCAAGAUGAACAUGCUUCAGAAAUGAAAGAUGCUCAGCUAGAAAUAAUGAGACUGCGCCAAAGGUUGAAUAGUGCAAUUGAGAGCAUGGAAAGAGAAGCUGAAGCUAAAGAGAGGUUAAGUGCUGCCUUAGAGAUUGCAACAACCACAAAGAAAGAUGUGGCAAUGGCAGCUGAGGAGAUGAAAGCUACAAAAGUCCGAAUGAGCCAAAGACUGGCUGAGCUGCAAGAAAAACUGUCAGAAGAGGCUGCUCUACGAGCAUUACUUGAAGAGGAACAGGCAGACCUACUUCUUACAGUGGAAGGUUUAAAAAACAUUGUUGAAGAGGAGCAGGCACAGGUUCAGAAGCUACAGAAAUACUGCAACACUGUAGAGAGAGAAGGACUAGAAAGGAAGAACAAAUUAACACAAGAAAAGUCAAGAUGUGAAGAACUGGAAAAAGAGAACAAGCAGUUUCAAAUUGAACUGGAAGCCAAAGAUUCCCUUCUAAGCCUGUUGCAGGAAGAUGUCAAAAUUACCAAACAAAAACUUGAAGCGGAACAGGCUGAACUUUCUCAAAUCAAACUCGACUCUGCCACUCUUCAUGGAGCAGCAGAAAAAGUCCAGUCUAUAAACCAACAGCUAGAGAGUCAGUGCUCAGAGCUUACUGCUACUGUCGAAAGACUCACCAAUGAGAAUAUCCAUCUCACUACACAGCACCAGCAAGAUCUUAAGGUGGUGCAAGACACCAUGUCACAAAAGCUACAGAAACAAGAGCUUAUGUUAAAUACAGUGCAGGAAAGCCUGAAUGAAGAGCUCCAGACCUUGCAGAGUCAUCAAACAGCGUUGGAGAGAGAACUAGAGACUCUACGUGCUGAACACACAGAAUGUCACAAAAGAAUUGCACUUGUAAAGCAGAAGAAUGCUGUGCAGAAAGAGAGGCAAGAUUCUACAACUGCUCGUCUGAGAGCAGACCUGGAAUCUGCAUUGAAGGGCAGAGUAGUGUUAGACAGUGAAAAGAGAGUGCUGCAAGAGGAGCUGGACAGAGCACAGAGUGACUUCCUGGAGAACAAACAAAACAUGGAAAUUCUGCUGACUGAAAAUAAGCUAGAGUUAAGCUCUGUGCAGGCUUCUCUGUUGGCACAUGAGCAGGAAAAUAGACGACUUAUGGAUCAGCUGGCAGUGCUGGAGCAGGAACAGAAUGCUAAAAGACAAGUGGAGGCACUGCUGACUGAACUGACAGACAGCAAGAGUAAACUGGCAUAUGAAAAGGGAAAGCUUGAGAGCAGAGUACGUAAGUUACAGUCUGAACUGCAAUCUGUCUGUGAUGCUCAGUUAGAGAAUUCCAAGCUUCGUAAACUCCACGAUGCUGUUGAGAUGAAGUACAUACAGAUAACUUCGGAGCUUGACUCUUGCAAAAUCAGACUGCAGAGAACAGAGGCCAAAUUACGGCAGACUGUGAACUUGUCGAAUCGUAAGGAGGAGGACUUUACAUUGGCUAUCCAGGCCAGGGAUGAAGCUGUAAGAGAAGAGAGAAAGCUCAGAGAACAGAUCAAAACGCUUGAAGACAAAGAGGAGAAUAAUAGAGUGAUCCUCCAGCAGCAGCUUUCUGAUGUCUGUGAGGAGAGAAGUAGAAUGUCUGAAACUCUGGAAAAUAUCUUGUCUUCCCACACUAAGCUCCAAAAGGACUUAGAAACACUGCAGACUGAACUGGGUUGCAGAGAUGCUGACAUUGUAAAUCUACAUAAAGACAGGGCGAAUAGUCAGAAGCAGAUUCAGAGACUGGAGGGGGAGCUUUCAGAUUUAAAAAGGAGGCUACGAACUGCGGAAUCACAGCAUCAUGGAAAGAUAGAACCUCUUCAAAGAUCCAUAGAGAUUGCAUGGGAGGAUAACCGAAAAUUGUCCCAUGCUUUGGAUCAGGCUGUUCAGAGAAAUGCCCUUUUACAACACUGUGUAGAGGAACUGGAAGAAAGGCUCCAAAACAGAGAAGCACAGGAAAAGCAGUUACUUCUAAUGAAGACACAGGCUGAAGAAGAAGUCAGAAUGAAGGAUCAACUAUUAGAGGAACGUGUUACAUCUUUAAGCAAACAGCAUCAAUUGGAGAGUAAAGAGGCAAAGAAGAUUGCACGAAAAGAGGCAGCAGAGCUAAAGAAAGCACUAGAUAAUGCCACAGCAAAAUCAGCAGAGCUCUCACGGACAAACAGAGAGCUGAGAGCUCGGGAAUCCAUGCUACAAAAAGAGAUUCUGCAACAGAAGGAGAGUAUAUGUGGACUUAAAACACAGCUCAGAUGUUACAUGGAGAGAAAAGGGACCAGAAAAGAAGCUGAGAGAAUACAUGAGCUAGAGGCCAGGCUGAAAACCAUGCAGAAAGUUCAGGAGGAUUAUGAGAGAAAUAAUAACGAGCAGUGUAAGCGCAUCCAAGAGUUCAUGCCAGAAGUCGAGAAACUGCGUAACGAAAUAGCUGCAGCAGCAUCUUGUAGGGCACAAGAAGACACCUUUCAGAGCCCUAGAGAGAAAAAUGUGAAGUCCAGGAUGAAGCUGGAGGAAAGAUGUGGGGACAUUGUUGAAUAUAACCUGGCAAAACAUCUUCAUUUUCAUCCCCAAUCCACUGCUGAGCACUCGGAGACAAAGCAGAAGCUUAAGCUGAUUUCCCGAAACCUUUUACAAAAAGAGUGAACCAAAAAAAGUGACUGCAUUAAAUGUAUACAGUGCUUGUGCUGAAACUGGAAAAAAAUCUUAUAUUGCAAUGGAUGCCUGAAAUUUGGUAUAAAAAACAGUGAGCCAAUCACGCAAGUAGGCCUUUGAAUGGAUUAAAGUAUUAAAUCAUGAUGUAAAAAAUGAAACUAUUGCGCUACUGUGAGUAGGUGAACGUUACAAAUAUGUGAAGCUGAAAUCAGUGGCGUGGAAGCAACUAUAUCUAGAAGUGUUCACUGUACACAAAAAGAAAGAUAAAAAAUGAUAGUGAUAAGCGCUAACCACUAUAAUCAAUCACAGCGAAUACCCAAAUUAUAUAUGUGAACUAGUGAUAAAUAAAACAUAUAGAAUAACACAACAUAAAUAAAUCGACUAGUGCAAUAAUGUGCAAAUCAAAGAAAAAAAAAAAAUCACUCAAACUCAAAAGAGCCUAGACAAUGAAUGAGUGUAAUAAAUGGCUAGCAAUGAAAGAAUGUCCUUAAGCUGAAAAUGACGGUGAAACAAAUGAAGAUCUUCAAAAGAGGGCUGUGGACAAUCAUAAAAUAAAGACAGCAUCCAUAACUGGUCUCCCAGGACUCUCACCUUAAUACAAUGUAUUGUGGGCAUAUAUCAUGGGUAAAGACUCUCAUCUGGGUGUUCCUCUUAGGUGUCUUCUUUAUUGGUCCCUUGACUCUAUCAUGGAUUCCAAUUCCCAGGGGUAAUCAGCGGAUCUAGGCUGAUGCUAUAUGCUCUCAAAGGUGCAGGGGGAUAAAAAACGAAAAACCGGAUGCUUCCAAUUGUGAAGUAAGUUGAAAACAAGGGGGUACUUUAAUAAAUAAAAGAUGGACUCUUACAUCAAGUAACAGAAUACAGGCAUAUAAACUGAAUGGGACGCGGCAUGUAUCAGUGCAGUCUUACGUGAUUCUGGUGGCUUCCGGCUACGAUGGUGUCACAUGCUCCCUACGUCGUUACGUCACUGUCACGUGACUUCAUCAGGGGAACCUGAUUGGCUGCCGAGACACCAUACAGUAUUUAUAUACGUGAAACCAAAAAUGCUGGGACCUAGAGUGAUCCUUGUUAAAAGGCAAUAAUACACUCCGCAAGUGUCCGCACGGAAUGUACAAGCACGGGGACGUUAAAUCGUGAUGCUUGCUUUACCGGGUCAAGAGGAGUAAAACAACAUGCUGGUAAAGUUUUGAAUUUGAAAAAUGUUGUGAACAAGUUCAUCAGCUCCACCAAUUGCAUGGAUUUUUAACACUGUACAGCAUGAUUUUUAUUUAUGUGCAAUGUGGAUCAGUGCUAUAUUUUUAUAUUAAAAAAAAUUUACUUCU